AUGUCUCUUAUUUUGGUCUUUCUAAUGAUUUUCCCUUCAGUCAUAUGCGAAAACAGAUAUUCUACCUGCAAUACUGAUUCAAAUUACACAGAAGAGAGUACAUACUCCACAAACUUGAAUCUAGUACUCAAUGAUCUGUCUCGUAACGCGCCUCUAAAUUCAGGGUUUAGCAUGUCUUCCCAUGGCCAAUUUCCCAAUAAAGUGUACGGCUUGCUCCAAUGUAUUGGGAGUGUAGCAGGAGAGACAUGCUCAGAGUGUUUAAGUGUAGCAUAUAACAUGAUUACAGACCGUUGUGGCAAUGGGAUAGGUGGGGAAGUAUGGAUGGGUGAUUGCUUUUUGCGCUAUGAUAACUCUAGUUUCUUUUCAACUCUAGAUACCACCUUCUUUCUGGUGAGGAAUGAGCAGGUCGUCAUAGGUAAUUUGCAGGGUUUUGUGUCCACUACCCCGAGUCUUCUCUCCAAUUUGUCUGCUCAAGCUCUCCAAAAUAAUGGAUCAGCUAUGGGAUCUGCUAAUUACUCAAGUUUGCUUAAGGUGUAUGGUCUGGUUGAGUGUUUGAGAGAUUUGUCAAUGGAGGAUUGCAGUUCGUGUUUGUCUAGAGCAAGGCAAGAGCUUGUACAGUGCUGUACUUCAAACCAAGGAGCUCAGGUUAUGUCAGGUAGCUGCACAGUGAGAUACGAGUUGUAUCCAUUUUUUGACUCAGCUUCAGCUAAGGCAAUUUCCCACGCAAAAUCAAAGAAGUCAUCACGAAGGCUACUGAUGAUAUUAGGGAUUACUAUAAGCUUGAUGGUAGUUUUGGUUGGCUGUUGUUUCCUAAUGCUAAGAAAAGCUAUAACUACAGUUUCGAGGAAGGUAGCAACCAUUGAGAAGCAGAGUGGAGAGACGAGGCUAUUUACGAAAGAGCAAAUUGCCUUCAGCUUAGAAACUUUGAUCGAAGCAACAAAGCAUUUUAGUCAGUGCAACAAGCUUGGAGAGGGAGGCUUUGGCCCAGUUUAUAAGGGAACAACAAGAGAUGGCAAGGAGAUAGCAGUGAAAAAGCUGUCCGCAAGAUCUGCGCAGGGGAGAAAAGAAUUUAUGAAUGAAGUGGAACUGGUGGCAAAUAUCCAGCACAGAAACCUUGUGAAUUUGCUUGGAUGUUGCAGCGAGGAAACUGAAAGGAUGCUUGUCUAUGAGUAUAUGCCCAACAAAAGCCUUGACACCUUCCUCUUCGACCCAUUUAAGCGCAGAACGCUCGAUUGGCAAAAGCGGUUCAAUAUCAUUAUUGGAAUCGCUCGCGGCCUUCUGUACCUUCAUGAAGAUUCGCAGCUUCGAAUAAUUCACAGAGACAUCAAAGCAGGCAACAUUUUGCUUGAUGAGAAUCUCAAUCCUAAGAUAGCUGACUUUGGCUUAGCCAGACUUUUCUCUGACAAUGAAACCGAAAUCCAGUCAAGAGUUGCAGGAACCUAUGGCUACAUGGCUCCAGAAUACGCAAUGGGAGGGCAGCUGUCUGUAAAAGCCGACGUUUAUAGUUUUGGAGUUUUACUGCUAGAGAUUGUAAGUGGAAGAAAAAAUACAGAGAUAGGUAUUUCAAAAGAAAAUCAGAGCCUGGGACUAUUAGAAUGGGCAUGGAGACUAUUCAAAGGAGGGCAUGCUCUAAAAGUUGUGGAUAUUAUGUUGGUGGGAAAUUGCUCAGAAGAGCAAGUGAUAAGAUGCAUUCACAUUGGACUUCUGUGUACACAGGCUAAUCCCGACAACCGUCCAAUGAUAUCUAGUGUUUAUACAAUGAUAUCCAGCAAGUCUGUACCGUUACCAGAUCCAACGAGACCUGCGUUUGUAAGCAUGGCCAGUCAGAGUCCGAGUAUUAGCUUCAUCCCUAUAACUUCUUCUGGGAAUGAAAUCUCAAUAAGUGAAUUAAAACCUAGAUUCUGA